UUGUCCUAAAUAUCCGAUGCAGUACUCAGUGAACUCGAGUGAAGAAGCUGUCUCUUGUUGUUCAAUUUGGAAUGCCUGCUGUUCUAUAAAAACACACAACGACGAUGAUAAGACAUUAGCGACAAAUGCAGAAGAUAUAUACUCAGAUCCGGUUGAGAGACAGCCAAGUCUUAGUGAAAUAACCACCCUUAGACAAGAAAAUAAUGAGCUACGAAAAAGAUUAAGCAGAUUGGUGUCAGCUCAACUAACAAACAACAAUCCAAAUAUCGUCGACCUCAGUGACAAUAACAGACCUACAAAACUGGCCGAGCAGUACUCAGAACUUUAUGACAAUGCCUGGACCGAAUGUUAUGAGUGUCUCACGAAAACACUCUCGUGGCAAGAACAAAGGACGGUACUUUGGAUUAGGAACCUCUUUCUUACAAUCUUUGAAUCUUGUUGUAAACGGGCAAAAGAUGAUUUAGAAGAGGUACAUACAUUGCUACAACAUUUUCAGCCGCAGCCCAACAUAGAAAUGAUGAAGCAGUUGAAAGAAGACAGAAAGAAAACAUUCCGAACGCAUUUGGACAGAAUAAAACAUAAGCUCCUCGAAGACAUACGCAACCGUUUCUCAGAAUCCGUGAAGGCCAUCGACUUGUCACGCAUAUUUAUUAACGAAAGUAUUGAGUUGUGUUGGCUCAUGGUCAUCCAAGACCCACCCGUCUGGGUAGAUACAGACGUAGACAUACACGGACAGGCCUUUGAUUAUAACCGCUACAAGCCAUAUACAGUUAACGGAAAACUCGUUGAUUAUGUUGUGUGGCCGGCGAUGUUUCUGCACGAAAGAGGUCCUUUGUUAUUCAAGGGCGUUGCACAGGGGACGAACACUCCAGUGAAAGAGAACAAUAGCAGUAUGAACAUCAAUACUGGCACCGAUGAUAUAAAACCUGUUUAAACAUAUACAUGUGGAAAACCACUAAACUUAAAAUACUGUUUUAAGCGAUUAUUUACAUAAAAAUAUAUUAUUUA